AUGACUCUUGCUAAACAAGUUACAGCUAUCAGUUUGCCUAAUUAUAAGCUACCCAAGGCUACCCCAAGCUCGUCAGGAACAACCUCCAGUAAAACAGCUCGGCUAAAUAGACUUCGAAACUUGGAGCUGAAAAUGAACGAGGCUCGAAAACUCAAUCACCAAGAGGUGGCAACAGAAGAUGAGCGAAAAAAACGACCAGAAAAUUUUGAAGCAAAGAGAAAGCGGAUGGAGUGGGAGCAAGAGCAGGAUGCAUUAAAGCAGGAAUGUCUUGCUAAAGGAGAGAACUAUGACUUAGUUAAACUUCGUGAUGUUGGGGCUGAUGAGGCAGAGCGAUGGGAAAGGAAAAAGAAGAAGAAAAAUCCAGAUACAGGAUUUGCAGACUACGAGCAAGCAACUUACAGGCAGUAUCAGCGCCUAACUAAGCAGAUGAAACCUGACCUCAACCAGUAUGAAAGGCAGCGAGAAAAAAUGGAAGACAAGUUUUAUGCUACAGCAGAUACCCUAGGUUUGCACCAAAGGAAGGACUCUGAAGAGAACGUGGACAAAAUGGUUGAAGAUCUUGAGAAACAGAUUUUAAAACGAGAAAAAUAUAGUCGAAGAAGAACAUUCGAUGAAGGAGCAGAUAUCGACUAUAUCAAUGAGCGCAACCGAAAAUUCAGUAAGAAACUGGAGCGGUUUUAUGGUCAGUACACAGCAGAGAUUAAACAGAAUCUCGAAAGAGGAACAGCUGUGUAG